AGGAGAGCGGGCGGGCGCGAGGGGAGCUGCGUGCGAUUGAAAACCAGUGUGGACACAAGUGAAAUCUGAUCGCGCGCCAGCAGAAGCGUGUGAAGCUAGGAGCCCCGGAGGAGCCAUCGACCUUGGGCAGCCCGAAUCCGGGCGAAGUCAUGCCGGGCUGCUGAGCGGGGACGGCAGCCGGAGCGAGCGCUCGCAUGGAGAGCCCGGUGGCCCCCUGCGUCCUCUACCCGGGGGACGGAGCGUGCGGCCAGGCCGGGGGCCGGGGCGGCGCUCCCGAGGCUCCGGGAGAGGGCGGCCUGCAGCCGCCGGACGCGGCGGGGGGGGAGGGCGCUGCGUCCCCGGCGCAGACACCCUGCAGUCUCAGCGCGUCCCUGUGCUUCAGCUCCGGGGACGAUUCCCCGCCCUCUUGUCGCCGCGGCCGGCGGGUGGUGCAGAGGCAGUGGGAAGUCGGCAGCGCUGGCGCCGCGUCCCCGGAAGGGCGCGCGUCCCCUGAGGAUCCCGUGUCCCCCGAGGAGCGCACGUCCCCAGAAGAGUCCGCGUCCCCGGAAGAUCCCGCGUCCCCCGGGGAGUGCCCGCCGGCCGAGGAGCCCACGUCCCCGGAAGAGGCCGGGGACCCCGCGCCUGUGCCCCCCGGCGUCGGGCCGGAGCACGGGGAGCCCGACCUGCUCAUCGAGGUGUCUGGCCGCCGGCUGCGGGCUCACAAGGCGGUGCUGGCGGCGCGCAGCGACUACUUCCGCGCGCGCGCGUCGCGGGACGUGCUGCGGGUGCAGGGCGUGGGCUGGGCGGCGCUGCGGCUGCUGCUGGCCUACGCGUACAGCGGGCGCAUGGCGGGCGUGCGGCCCGACAACGUGGCCGACGUGGUGGCCGGCGCGCGCCGCCUACAGCUGCCCUGCGCCGCGCAGCGCGCCACUGACGCCGUGGCGCCGCAGCUGAGCUUGGCCAACUGCUUCGAGGUGCUGAGCGCGGCCAAGCGGCAGCGGCUGGCCGAGCUGCGCGAGGCCGCCUACCGCUUCAUGAGCGACCACUACCUGGAGGUGCUGCGCGAGCCCGCCGUCUUCGGGCGCCUGUCGGGCGCCGAGCGCGACCUGCUGCUGCGCCGCCGCCUGCGCGCCGGCCGCGCCCGUCUUCUGGCCGCCGCGCUCGGCCCGGCCGGGGAGCGCGCGGGCAGCCGGCCGCAGAGCCCGUCGGGGGACGCGGAGGGCCGAGGCGACGCCGCCGUCUACUGCUUCCACGAGGCGGCGGGCGAGUGGCGCGAGCUGACGCGGCUACCCGAGGGCGCGCCGGCUCGGGGCUGCGGCCUGUGCGUGCUCUACAACUACCUCUUCGUGGCCGGCGGCGUGGGGCCCGCGGGCCCCGACGGCCGCGCGCGGCCCUCGGACCGGGUCUUCUGCUACAACCCGGCCACCGACCGCUGGAGCACCGUGCGGCCGCUGCGCCAGGCGCGCUCGCAGCUGCAGCUGCUGGCCCUGGAUGGCCACCUGUACGCCGUGGGCGGCGAGUGCCUGCUCAGCGUGGAGCGCUACGACCCGCGCGCUGACCGCUGGGCCGCCGUGGCCCCGCUGCCCCGGGGCGCCUUCGCCGUGGCGCACGAGGCCACCACCUGCAACGGCGAGAUCUACGUGUCCGGGGGUUCGCUCUUCUACCGCCUGCUCAAGUAUGACCCGCGGCGCGACGAGUGGCAGGAGUGUCCGUGCAGCAGCAGCCGCGAGCGCUCGGCCGACAUGGUGGCCCUGGACGGCUUCAUCUACCGCUUCGACCUGUGCGGGGGCCGCGGCGAUGCGCCGGGGGCCGGGCCUGCGGGGGCGGUCAGCGUGCUCCGCUACCACUGCCUGGCCAAGCAGUGGAGCCGCUGUGCCUCGCACCUGCGGCCCCCGGGCAUGCCGUCGGGCCUACAGCCCUUCCGCUGCGCCGCGCUGGAUGGCGCCAUCUACUGCGUGAGCCGCGCGGGCACCUGGCGCUUCGUGCCGCCCCCGGACAGCGAGCCCGGCGCCGGCGACGCGGGCCCCGAAGGCAGCUUCGAGCUCCAGUCACUCCGAGCCCCCGCGGACGCCCGGGGCCUGUUCUUCCCGUUCGUGCUCAACCUGCCGGAGGAGAAGCCAGACCGAGGCGAGGAGGGCGCCGCGUAGGGUGGGCCGGGUCACCCGGGCGUGUCCCUCGGCAGCCCAGGGCCAGGGGACACCCUGUGGGCCGAGGUCCCAACUGGGAAACUGGAAGGGGCGAGGAGAGUGGAGGCGGGGAGGGAGAGAGUCGGGGGUGGGCCCCGGUGGGCCCCGCCCAACCCACGGGAUCGUUUAAAGGCUUAGAAGGUAGAAGCUUGUCGCGGGGCCUUGAAGACCUUUUGCGAUGCUGUAUUAAGGCCCGCUGCCUAGUCUGCAUUCCUUUUGCUUUGCUUUGCUUAAUGGGGUCGAUGGCAAGAUGUAGGAUGUGUGCAAAUAGAUAACCUUACAAAUAAGAUACAAAAUACCUGAGAAAGAAAGAAGCAGAAUGAGAGAUGAAGCCUCCGGGUGCAGUGGGUGAGGCCUGGAGUGCGGGGUGUACUGUCCUCGGUAUCACUCGCGGAGUGGCCGGGAGGCCAGACCUGAGUUGUGUGGGGUACCAGGUACCAUUGCUUCCUGCACCGUGAGAGGGGACCUCGGGGCCACCUCCCAGAGCUGAGAUCCUAAAAUAGGCCAACGUGAACUAUGUUAGUGGAACGACUGAAAGAAGGUCAUACUUUUUUCGGCUUGAGGUUUAAAAUUAUAACUGAUAAGUAAAGCUUUUAAACCCUUUCUAACUUAGCUUAAAAGUUCCUGCCACAUGUGGUUAACUUGCGGUUGGCUCCAUUCCAAAUGUAGUGAGUAUUAAGGGUGAAAUCUUUGAUUCCCAAUAAGAUCUGUCCAGUGAGAGCUGCCAGUAUCUCCUCUGUCAUCACAGGGGCCCAGAUAUGCUCAAAGGCCCGCACACCUCAAGAGCAGGUCCUUCUCACCGCUUAACUGAGAUGGGUUUAAUAUUUUCAAGUUAAGAGAUGUUAAUAAUUAUGUUCAGUGAUGUAGUAACGAGUUGCUCUUAUUUGAGUUCUGAAUCUUCGGUGACUGAAUGUUUUCCAAAGCGCAUGUCAUCAGUAGGAAAAGCUGACAGUGGCCGUGGUGCUUGUCUGCAUUAAAAGGAGCAUUUGUACCCACCAGGAAAAGUACACAUUGAAAGGUAUUGGCACAUAAGUAGAUGAAGUUAUGUGUACCUUACUAUGAUUUACUCGUGGAUCCAGUGAUGGGGGGGUUACCUCUGUCUGUGCCAAUCAGUGGGUAUGUGGGACAUAGGUUAUGCUUUUUAAAGAGUCUGUGGUUAUGAAAGUGAUCAGUUAAGCUGUUUAGGAAUGAUAGCUUGAAUCAUGCUUGCGCCAGAGCACGGGAUUUACCGUUUCAGCGGGUGCGUCCUGGUGACGUGUGUGCCUGCCCGUAACUGCCCCUGACCUGAGACGAUGCUCGGCCACUUGGUCCAUCGUCUCAGGAAAGAAAAACAGGCUUCAGGUUGCCUGACUUCUUUGGCCUUUUGGUAGGAAUAGACUGGAGACGUGGCAGGAGGAAAAGAAUUGAAAUCCGAAAUAAAUAAUGUCCUUCUAAAGACAUGAGCAUUUCAUAUGAUAGUACAUUUUUCUCUAGACUUUCAUCAUUUAUGGUAAAACUUUUACAUGAAAUGGAACCAAGCUAAUAUUUUCAUUCCUUCCGAUUCAAACUCAUGAGAUAUUAUCACUGUGAUUUUUACUUGAGAAAUCAUUCCUCUGACGUUUACCGUUUCAAAACAUCAACGCUGAAAGUGGGCUUCCAAAGGAAACUCUCCCCGUGGAAGAUGGGAGACCUGUUAGAUGUCACGUGUGCACAGCCACACGAUAACAUGCCCAGCUGGAGUGUGUGUAUAUUAUUUCAUCCUUUAAUUGAACGAAGAAAUGCCUGGACUAGACGUAGCGUCACUUUCUGUGGGAGCUGGCCCCGGAGUCCCAGGCAUUUGUCAGGAUUAGAUGCCCGAGGAUGCCCAAGGAUGGGUAGAGGAUUUAGAACCUUUCAGACCACACUUCUACUAGUAAUAUCACUGAGAACAGAGACCAGAGCACCUGGCAUGCUGAGAGGACCAGUUUAAUUUGCUUUUGGAGGCCAGUACCUGGGGUGUAGGGCCAGGAGGGUGGUGCACCGAUUAUACCAACGGAAAAGCCACCCCAUGCAAGAGCCUCGGUUUGGAGGACAGCUAGGGGAGGGGCAGGCCUGGCUGAGACUUCCCUCCAGGUCUGAUGUUCCGAGGACGGAUCAUGUCACAUUCAGCGUGAUGUGCCAAGGCUGUAUGCAGCUCUAUUUAGAGAAACAGUUGGUGCAAAAAUAUUCCUGCUCUUUGAUCCGUUGAGUCAAACGAAGCUAGUGCAUUUACGACAUCCAUCCGUAGUUCACAUGAAAUUAAGAAACCCAGGCACACUGACAUUCCCAGAUAUUUGAAAGAGCAGUGGCAUUUUAAGGGGGAAGGCUAUAAUUUGGGAAAGCUCCAUCUUUUGGUUAGCUCACAAGCAAUGACUUUUGUAUUGUUAAUCAAGGUUCAUUUGGGAUCCGAAGGAAUGGGGUUAAGACGUCUUCACUUCCUUUCUGUUUUUACCUUUGGUUCGGGGAACAGCCGCAGUGCCGGCGUGGCCUCUGGCAGCUUUACGGGACUGGAUUUGGAACUCGGUGACUCGAUUUCUGAAUCUCUGGCAGCACCAAUCUCCUUUCCUUGAAGACAAUGGAAGUUCUUUUGCUACUUAGUUAAAACUCCUCCCUUUGUAUCAGUUUUGCUACAAAUCCUUGAAAUGAAUCACCUGCUCGAUUCCUGUUAAUUUCUGGUGUCCCUUCAGUAAUUCUGGAGCUGCUGUUUGAUCUGUGGGUCUCUUGGGUAACUUCCUGUGAAAGAUUUUGAAGUGAGAUGCAAUGUUUUUGAGGUCCUUUGUGUUUUCCUGAAGUUAAGAUGGUUUCAGGACAUAAUCUGUUGUAACGCCUUCCUGGGGCGAUGUGUAAACAGAAGCGCUCUCUUGUGUUCUGUUUUAUUGUAGACGCUUUCCUAGCUUACAAAAUGUUUUGUUUUGGUGUUUUUAAAAAAUAUAUCAGUGUCCUUAUUUUUCCCUUUCCUCUGCAAUAUCAUUAUUCAUGGGAAGAUAAGAAGAGCUAAAGAUGAGAAUGUGUCAUCUUCUGGUUGCGUCUGAACAUAUGUCAGCCGCCACGUUCUCUACACUUUCCCCCCUUCCAGGAAGGUGCCUGGACCACAGGAGCUGGCAGGGCACUUCGUACCUGCUUGGUGAAUUGGUUUGAGAUGAAUUGAACUAAAGGCCUAGAUGUGUUCUCAGGCAAGAUGAAAGCUCCUCUGAGGCUUUUGAAAGCUGUAAGCAGUGCUGCAGUGUGGCCGGGUAUUAAAGGCAAACAGGUGUCUUGAAGACACAGUUCAGGCCGGCUGAUGCUUUAUGGGUCAAUGCUUCAACUUCUAGGUCCUGGGUACCAAUCGCGUAAAACCUUGUACGUCUGUCUGUUUAUCCUGAGAUGAAAUAAAUCACUGGGCGAUGCCAGCGCUCCUGAAACCUG